AUGGCUUUUGCGGCCAUCUCUGCAGGUGCCCCGGUGCGGGUGCUUCAGGGUAGCAGGGGCUUGGAGGAUCUGGCGUCGCUGGUUCUGGACCUCAAGAGGAAGCCGCGGCCGUCGGCCCUGGACGCGCAGAAGAGAUGGGAAGAGUCUCUAGCCGCCCUACUUGCGGAUGAUGCGAAGCGUCUUGAGGAGUCCUUGGAAUCGUGGCCCGAGCUCCUCGUGCAGAGCGACAGCACUGGCAACAGCUUGCUGCACCGGGCGGCUUCGGCUGGCGCUCUCCAGGCCACGGCUCUGCUCCUCGAGCGCGGCGCGAGCGCGAACCUCCGGAACCAAGAGGAGGCGACUGCUGGCGAUCUGGCCUUUCGUGCGGGCAAGCAGGCCGUUUUUGAAGCUCUGGUUCUGCACCGGGUGUUCUGCAUCAGACGUGAAGAAGAGGAGGCGCCGCAAGAGCCGCCUCGCAAGCGUCGGGCACCCGACCCGGCCGCCCCAGAUCCCUACCACAGCCAGCGCUUGCGCUACGAGGGCAGCCGGCUUCUGGAUGCCGACUCGAAGGCGGUGAUGAUGGGCUGGGAGGCCCCCUUGAUGAAGAAGCAUGCCGAGGUCCUCCUCCCGGUGCGAGGCCUGCGGGUGGCCAACGUCGGCUUCGGCCUGGGGCUCGUGGAUGGCUUUCUGGCAGAGCUUGGGCCAAGCGAGCAUCACAUCAUCGAGUCGCACGGGGACGUGCUGGCGGAGCUGAGGCGCUGUGGGUGGCCCUCGCGGCCUGGGGUGGCGGUGCACGAAGGCCGCUGGCAGGAGAUCGUUCCCCAGCUUGAGAGUGGCUCCUUAGAUGCCAUCUUUUUCGACACGUGGUCGGAGACUUAUGAGGACCUUCGCCAGUUUCAGGACGAAGUCUCCCGACUCCUGGCGCCGGGAGGACGCUUCUCGUUUUUCAAUGGCAUGGCGCCCUACAGCAUCGCCGAGCAUGCGGCCUUCUGCCGGCUGGCACAGGAGGAUCUCGAGACCCUGGGCCUUCCGUGUGAUAUCUGUAAGAUUGAGUUGGGUGAGCUGGGAGACCAGACCUGGCACGGGGUGGCGGAGCGAUAUUGGCAGUUCGACAGCUACUACCUGCCCCUUGCGAGGAAGGCGCCUUCUCGGGAUUCUGAGCACCCGAUGUCCUGGCGGCGCUGGCCGCAGUUUCCUGUGUGCGUGACAGAUAAACUGGGGAAGGCCUUGCCGCUGGCCGAGUUCGGACUGUCAGACAUGACAAGCGGGAGGCCGUGA